AUGCAGAUCAAGGAAAAUUACAGAGCCGAGAUCUUUGUCAUCAUUGCCUGGAUGCUGUGGAACCGACGCAAUGCUCUGAGACUCAACCUUCAAGUCCAGCCUCUCAACUGUAUUAGCUCUUUGGCCGGAAGUUACCUUCAAGAAUUCCUGGACGUCCAAGACCAAACACCAACUGCUACGGGCCCUUCUCUGCCUCAGCAAUGGCAGCCACCUAAUGAAAAUAAGUUUAAAGUUAAUUUUGAUGUUGCGGUCUUCAAGUCUUGUAACCAAGCAGGGCUAGGUGUGAUCGUCCAGGACUGGCGUGGUGAGGCUAUUGGAGCAUUAUCCACGUCAGUUCCAACUGCUCAAACAGUUGUGGAGUUAGAAGCCCUUGCUUGUUGCCGAGCAGUGCUGUUUGCGAUGGAGCUAGGCCUUCAAGAUGUUGUCUUUGAGGGUGACUCCCUCCAGGUGAUCCAAGCUCUUAAUCUGGACAGCACAGAUCACUUGACUUAUAUUAUGGCCACAUUCUCGAGGAUAUCCAAACUCAAGCACUGCAACGUUGUAGCAGAUGCACUAGCCAAAAAAGCCAAGAAUUGUAGGGAGACUCGGGUAUGGACUGAUUUCAUGCCUGAGGACAUUGCUUCUCUUGUAAUCUUUGACAUUCAUUGA